AAACUGAGCCGCCGCCGCCACAUAACCACAUCAUACAACUAACCAGUUAGGUGGGAAGCCAUCCGGCCCCUUUUCUAUGUAGUUUACUAACUCCAGAGUCCAUCUGAAGAAGACUAGCUGUUGAAUUUUCAACCUCUCCUCCUCCUUCCUCGAAAAUUCGCGAAUCUCCAUUCUCAACACCAAAGGAACUCCAACACCACCAUUUAACCUCGUCGCCGAAACACCCUAACAACAAACAAAAGAUUGCCCAAUAGAUGGAGAAUUCAACCCAAGAAUCCCACCUAAGAUCAGAAAACACUGUAACCUAUGAAUCCCCAUACCCUCUCUAUGCCAUGGCAAUCUCUUCAACCGCAUCUCGCGCAAACCAAUACCAGCGGAUUGCCUUAGGUAGCUUCAUUGAAGACUACAACAACCGUAUAGACAUCGUCUCUUUUGACCCUGAAACCCUCUCUAUCAAACCCCACCAAAAUCUCUCUGUUGAGCACCCUUAUCCACCCACAAAGCUCAUGUUUAGCCCUUCAUCUCUUCACAAGUCGAAUGACCUCUUAGCCUCUUCUGGUGACUAUCUUCGAUUGUGGGAAGUUAGAGACUCUGCUUCUGUUGAGCCUGUUUUGGUGCUUAACAAUAGCAAGACAAGUGAGUUUUGUGCCCCUUUAACUUCUUUUGACUGGAAUGACAUUGAACCUAAGAGAAUUGGUACUUGUAGUAUUGAUACAACUUGUACGAUUUGGGAUAUUGAAAAGGGUGCUGUUGAAACACAACUUAUAGCUCAUGAUAAGGAAGUUUAUGAUAUUGCUUGGGGUGAAGCAAGGGUUUUUGCUUCAGUUUCAGCUGAUGGGUCAGUUAGGAUUUUUGAUUUAAGAGACAAGGAACAUUCUACUAUUAUAUAUGAGAGUCCUAGACCUGAUACACCCUUGUUGAGAUUGGCUUGGAACAAACAGGAUUUGAGGUAUAUGGCUACAAUAUUGAUGGAUAGUAAUAAAGUUGUGAUCUUAGAUAUUAGGUCUCCAACAGUCCCUGUUGCUGAGUUGGAGAGGCAUAUGGCGAGUGUGAAUGCUAUUGCUUGGGCUCCGCAGAGUUGUAGGCAUAUUUGUUCUGCUGGUGAUGAUUCACAGGCUCUUAUUUGGGAGUUGCCAACUAUGGCUGGACCUAAUGGGAUUGAUCCAAUGUCCAUGUGCUCUGCUGCUUCUGAAAUUAACCAGCUUCAAUGGUCUGCUGCACUGCCUGAUUGGAUUGCUAUCGCGUUUUCAAACAAAAUGCAGCUUUUAAAAGUUUGAGACAGACAGAUUGUUAGUGAUGAAAGAGGGAGCUAGCAAGGGUCCUGGAUAGUCCAAAUCAGAUUUCAAUCUAUUUUCUAAUUUGUAAUGUAUCCAUCCAAUCUGACUUUAGUUUCUUUGUGGAUCAUUAUGGAGAGCUUUGAACGUUGAUGACUCCUGUCUUCAAUCU